AAAUGAGAAGAAAUUUCUUCUCCUAGAAGGUUCUGAACCUCUGGAGUUCUCCCAGAGAGCUGCAGGGGCAGACUUGCAGAAAAACAUUCCAGCGGUUGAAGGUGUGGGGACCGAGACUGGAUCAGACAUGACGCUGUUGAGCAGCAAACAAGAUGUUGGAGGAACAUGGACAGAAGAUGUUCUAGAUUCCAGCAUCUGUCUGUAGUCGUCGUGGCUGGAGGAGGGGAAAUUCCCCACACACCCAACAAAAGGCAGCAGCAAGGCUGAGUAAUAUUAUUUUCCCGUGGGGGGUUUGGCAGCACACAUGAACAUGUGUCGUCGGUUUAGCUGUUACCUGUUGCUAUUGGGGAUUCUCCUGAACGUCUGUCCGGGGACGUGUUUAACAUGUAAAGACAAUGAAUACCGGUGGGUCAUCAAUUCUGAAGAAGGCUGUUGUCCCAAGUGCCCUCCAGGACAAUAUUUGAAAAAACGAUGUGAAAGUUUCAAAGAUAAAGCAGAGUGUGAGACUUGCCAAAACGGGGAAUUUACUGACAGGUGGAAUACAUAUGGCAGCUGUGCUCCAUGCAGAACAUGCUUGGAAGCACAAGGUUUUCAAGUUGAAAAGGAAUGCAACAAAACAUCCAAUGUUAAGUGUUCCUGUCGGCCAGGCUAUACUCCAGAUACGAGCAAAAUAUGUAUGAAAAUAUGUGACAAAGGAGAGCAAUUGAAAUCAGGAGACUCCAAUACCUGUGAACAAUGUCCAGAUGGAUUUUAUUCGGAUCAAAAAGGAACCAAAUCAUGCAAACCUUGGACAAGAUGCAAUGACACUUCUCAGCGUGGAUCAGCAACAGAGGAUGUAGUAUGCGGUCCUGCCAAGUCUAAUCCAACAACUGCCAGUGAAGGAAGGCUCUCUACCCCUGAGACCACAUACAGAACUAUAUUGCUAAGAACAACAACAGCUGUUUCAGUAACAAUAACAGAAAAACCAAUCUUGAUGAAAGACAACUUAUUUUUCAUAUGUGUCGUGGUGGUGGCAGCUGUGCUGUUAGUUAUUGUUGUGCUCAGGAGAAUAAUGCCCUGUAAGGAGGAAAACCAAGGUUUCCACUGCUGUUUCGGAGACAGAAACUAUACAAAACCUCCAGUUCCUGUCCAGGAAGAAUUCAAUGACAUCACAUCAGUGCAAGUAAAAAACUGAUCUGUUUUCAGUGUGGAUGAUCCUUGAGUGAUUUCAAGUUUACAAGUGAAUACAUUUACCUGAACUGAAAUGUAAAUAUGAAGAGACUGGUUCAGCAUUUUCUCAGGGAAAUAUGAUGCAUCAUUUUUCAUCGGACCUCAUUAGAAAUAAGGAUUAUACACAGUACUUCUCAGACUGUCCAGAGCAGUAAUGUAAAAGCUUACAAAUUUGCUUUAAUUUUUGUUUCUUAUUUUGAUAGAUUGAAAACCAUUUCAAUUCUUUAGUUUCAAGCCUUUCUAUGUGGUUUGCUUUUUGGUAAGUAGGAUAAAAGGCAACUUGAUAAGUAUCACUCCCUGUAAAAAAAUAACUAAAUAAUUGUGCAAGAGGUGAUCUAGGGUUCUUGUCAUGCAACUUAAAGUUGGUUGCUAGACAACUAAAAUAUUCUUUUUUUUUGGUUUAUGCAGUUGUGACUUACACCAAGUAAUAAACUUCAGACAUUUUCUGUAAAUGUGAACUGUUGAGGUUUACAACUUUGCUCAUAAGGGGGUACAUUGUUAUUGCCACAAAAAUGUCACGAGCUUUCCUUGAGUGAUUGAAUCAUCAUUAUCUUGCUUUGUCCAUCCUACGACAGAAAAUUCUGAUAUACAAAGAAACCCCACAGGAAGAUUGAACCAUGGCUUCAGUUUUGUUUAUUUUCCUUUUUCAAGAUUGGAUGUCAAUGGUGAGGCCAGUAUUUACUGCCAAUCACUAAUUGUCAUUACUGUGAACCACCAGUGCAGUCUUUCUGGUGAAGGAACUCCCAAAAUGUUGGCAAGGAAGUUCAAGGACUUAGACCCAGUGAUGAAGGAGUGGCAAUGGAUUUCCAGUUCAGCAUGCUCUGUGAUUUGGUGGGGAAACUUCAGGAAGUGGUGUUCCCAUGUGCCUGCUGCCAUUGCUCUCUGUGGUACCAGAGGUCAUGGGAUUAAAGAGCUUUGUGGAGUAGUCAGGCAAGUAACCACAGUGCAUUUUGUAGAUAGCACACACUGCAGUUAUGCCUUCCUGAUGAUGGAGGGUUUGAAUAUUUAGUUUGGAGAAUGUGGUGCCAAUCAAGCAGGCUACUUCAUUGUGGAUGGUGUUGAAUUUCUUGAGUUUUGCAAUCAUCCAGGGAAGUGAAGAGUAUUCCAUCAUCAUGCCUUGUAGAUAGUGGGAAGGCUUUGGGGUGUCAGGCAAGUCUUUAGCAUUUAUAGGCACAGUAUUUACAUAGCUGGUGCCAUUAAGAGUAACAAUCAGAUUGCUGAUGGUGGGGGACUCAGUGAUGACACUGGCCUUGAAUAUCAAGGAUUGAAGAUGAUAGCCCGGCACUUUUGUUGCAUAGAUAUUAUCCACCCAUGCCUGAAUGUUGUCUAGGACUUAUUGCAAGCAGGCAUGGAUUGUUGCAUUGCCUGAGUUGAGAACAGAAUUGAACAUUAUUUGCCAAUGGUUGCAUAUUGCUACUUCUGGUAACAGAAGGAAAGUCAUUGAUAAAACAAUUGAAGAUAGUUGGGCCAAGCACAAUGUCCUGAGAAUAUUUUGCAGUGAUGUCCUGGGGCUGGGAUGAUUGAAAGCCAUCCUCCUUUGUCUAACUAUUUGAGUGCUUUCCCCUUGACAUCCAUUGACUUCAGUUUUUUGCAGGUCUCGUUAAUGCCACACAUAGGUGCUACCAAUAUGUCAAGGGCAAUCCCUCUCACCUCUCAAUAUGCUCUUUAAACCAUGGCUGUAAUGAGGCCAAGAGUGGAAUGGUCCUGGCAAAGCCCAAACGGGGCAUCAAUGAGGAAGUUCAGCAAUGAAGGGAUGGAAUGGUGGCAUCUUCCAAUACUUUGCUGCUGAUUGGGAGUAAAUUGAUUGGGUGAUAAUUAGCUGGAUUGGACUUGUCCUGUUUUUUUUAUGAACUUACAUACCUGGGCAAUUUCCACAAUGUUGGACGUGCCAGUGUCGUAACUGUACUGGAAAAGCUUGACUCGAGUUGUGGCUAAUUCUGGAGCUUGCCUACUCCCAUAGGCUUUCCUGCAUCCAGUGCUGUCAGCCAUUUCCUGAUAUCACAAAGUGAAUUGAAUUUCUGAGGCUUGGCUUCUGUGAAGCUGUGAUGACCUUAAAUACUCUCCUACCAUUGUUGAGGAUAUAGUUUGGAGCUUCCUCCUCCCAUUAUCUGUUUAAUUGUCCAUCACCAUUCACGGCUAGAUGUAGCUGGAGUGCAUAACCAAGAUCUGAUCUGUUGGUUGUGGAAUUGCUUAGCUGUGUCUGUUAAAUGCUGUUCAUGCCGUGUGUAGUUUCAUCAGCAGGCAACUUAGUGUAGCAGUCAGCAUAACACUUUGCAGCACCAGCGACCCGGAUUCAAAUCCGGCCACUGUCUGUCAGGAGUUUGUACAUUCUCCCUGUGUCUGCGUGGGUUUCCUCUGGGUGCUCCGGAUUCCUCCCACAUUCCAAAGACGUACGGGUUAGGAAGUUGUGGGCAUGCUAUGUUGGCGCCGGAAGCAUGGCGACACUUGCGGGCUGCCCACCGAACACUCUAUGCAAAAGAUGCAUUUCACUAUGUGUUUCGAUGUACGUGACUAAUAAAGAGAGCUUAUCUUAUCUUAUCAUUUCUAUGUUCACCUGGUACUGAUCCCAGCACACCCUCUGCAUUCUUUAUUGUUAGUAACAUUAGAAUGAGGGAUAUGCUGGGCUACGAGGUUAUGGGUUAUAGUGAAGAACAUUGCUGCUGCUGCUGACCCUGAAUGCCUUACAAAUCCUACUUUUGAACCGGCAGCUUUGUUCUGAGUUGAUCUCCUUUAGCACGAUUGUGUUGCCACAUAUCACAAUGGAUGGUAUCCUCAGUGUGAAGACUGGGCAGCCUCCACAAGGACUGUGCAGUGGUCACUCCUACCACUGCUGUUGUGGGCAGAUGCAUCUGCAACAGAUAGAUCAGUGAGGAAUGGGUCAGUGUAGAUUUUUCUCUCCUGUUAGUUUGUUCUCUUCCUGCCACAAAUGCAAUCUGGCAGCUUUGUUCUUCAGCUCUUAGCCAACAAAAGCCUCCCUCAGUGACAGUCCUACCCAGAGUACAUUCUAUGCCCUUGCUACUUUCACUCUUUCUUCCAAUUGUUAUUCAAUGUUAAUUAAGUUUGCUGAGGGAGGACAAUAGACGGUAAGUAGGAGGAGGUUUCCUUACCCAUGUUUGACAUGAUGUCAUGAGACUUCAUGGGGUGUGGACUCAAUUUUGAGGACUCCAAGGGGUACUCCUGCUGUAAACCACCAUGCUGCCACCUCUGGCGAGUCUGGACCUACCUGCAGACUGUGAUGGAGAAGGGUGGGAUGUUGUCUGUAGGGUAUGAUUCUGAGAACAUGAUCACAUCAGAUUGUGCUUGACUGGUCUGUAGGAGCUCACCCAGUUAACAUGAAAAUUAUCAGAUGUUUGAGAGGAGAAUUUUGCAAGGUUGUCUGAGCUUUGGUUGACCUUAUCACAUCCGAACAUGGUGCCUUGGUGAUAAUGGGUGCUCCAAGCAGUUUCUGUGUUAGUAAAUCUGCUGUUCAUUCCAAUGUUAACUUAUAAUGCAAGAUGCUUGAAGUGUGGGAAUGGUAUCUUUUUAUGUUUCUUUUGUUUUCUCUACUCAAUGAGAUGAACCUGAGAUUUAGACAAACUCUGUGCACCUUCAAUCUGUAACUGCAUGAAGGCCCUAGUAACAGAAUGCCAGCUGCCAUGUGCCAUCUUUGACUGUAAAUUCCCUGGAAAUCAGCAGCACGUUGGCAAAGAUUAACAGUGAGGAAGUAACAAAGUGCAGAAGGUGUCAGUGUACAAAUCCAAUAGGCUUUCAGCCCUGGGCCCUUGAAACCACUGUAAUUAAUUUACUGGAUUUGUAACCCAGAGACCUGGAGUAAAGAUGUGAGUUGGGGAAUUUAAACUGAUAAGUAAAAUCUGGAAUUAAAACGCUGUCAUCAGUAAUGGUGACAUGAAAAACUGGAGUGUCUGAGUUCUUUUGAGAAAGUAGUAUUUCCUACUCAGUCUAAGCUUUGUGAUUCAGCAGACCUGCAUCAAUGUGCUUGAUUUGGAAGUGGCUUCACAAGCCAGUUUCACCAAACUGUUACAACACUAAAGAUGAAAAAGACCACACGUUAUUAGGAUUCAUCGCAAAAUCGUUUUUUUGUUGUUGAUACAGUUACAAACAUGCAUGGGUAUGGUGGGCCUAAUUCCCAGUGAAUAGUAAAGUUUCUGGCUGGAGUAUGUUACUGGGCAGAAUGAAGAGAGAUUUACACAGCUGCACCAGUCUGAAAGCCUUCAAUGUUGACGCUGCAUGAUCAUGAUGAAAAAAUGCUGCAUGUCCUUGUGCCACAUUCUGGUUGUUGAGUGCAAAAAGGAAAGCCACCAAGAUGCCCAAGGGUAAUAAAUGCAAGUGAAAAGGAAUAAAAGAGUAACAUGAACUAGAAGCCAAGAAAAUACCGAAGGAUAUUAGAGUAAAUGUUAUGUAAACUGUAGCUUAUGUAGUGAUCGCUGAAACUGACAAUCUUCACUGUUUCUGGUGCCCUACUUAUAAAAUUGUAGGAAUUUGGGGAUAUAACACAGAAUAGCUUCUUGUACCACAUUGUUUUUCUCUCACACAUACACACACAAACAAUGUUGUGAAACUCUGAAAUUGCAGCUCUGUGUGUGUUGCCAACUUGUUUGCAACAAUGAACAAUGAGUAGGCCAGUAUGAUACAUUUGUGGUUCUUUUGGUAGAGCUAGCACAGACAACUUGGCUGAGUGGCCUCCUACUGGCUUGUGAAACUCAAUGAAAUAUUUGUUUCUCCAGACAAUGUGGUCUGGGAUCCUCUGCAGGGUCCACAUUACACAUGUAACCAAGCAAAACACAUUCCACAAAUCUACAGACUAUAAAAUAAAAUGUUACAUUAAUGUUAUUGCAAAGGAAUGACAGUAGGAGGUUGUGCAUCUCAAAUACCCUGAGAUUGAAUCGAUAGAGAAGCUGAUGGGCAUGUGAGAAAGAGGGCUACAGGGACUGAUGGAAUUGCUCUGCUGUGAGCCAGUAUGGACCAAGUGAGCUGAAUGGCCUCUUUCUUCAUUGUAAUAAGUUAGUAGGUAGAUUGAAUUGCAAAGAGUAGCUGCAAAAAUAUUCUGUUGCAGGGAACAGGGGGCAGUAAACUGCACACUGCAAUUUUCAUUGAAAUACUCUCCGUAAAUCCACAAUGACCAUUUGAUGAUGUACGAAUAAAAGUAUACCAGACAAUUUCUGGUUAGCGAAGAAACCUUUGUUUCUGUAAAGGAUUCUCCCUGGGCACUAUUAACAACAUCUGCAGUUUUCAUACAUCGAGCAAACCAACUUCAACUGUUCAGGUCAGCAAGUAACUGAUCCUCACUAAAGCAUUUCCAACAUUGUUAUACACAAUAUCAUAAAGAACAACAAUCCCAUAUUUUAGUUGGAUUCAGAACAUUAACAUGUCUUUUC